CAUCUCCAUUUACCAAUAUCAUAUGAUAUUGAACCUCAUUCCAUUAACCUCCUCUCCUUCAAAUUAACACACAUAUCUAGCUAGUUCCCCAAAUACACACACAAGAAUGGCCUCAGAAACACACCCUCUGCAGGGUCUUACACCAGAAGAAUUCGCUGAGCUCGAGCCUAUAAUGAACAAAUACCACAAGUUCGAACCUUCCCCAAACACGUGCACUUCCAUUAUAACAUACCGAAUCGAUGCUCCAGCGAGCACGGUGUGGCCCUUCGUUCGAAGCUUCGAGAAUCCUCACAAGUAUAAGCACUUCAUAAAGGGUUGCAACAUGAGAGGGGACGGAGGCGUUGGAAGCAUAAGAGAGGUGAGCGUGGUUUCAGGGCUUCCAGCAUCAACAAGCACCGAGAGGCUCGAGAUUUUGGAUGAUGACAAGCAUAUUCUGAGCUUUAGGGUUGUUGGCGGCGAGCACCGCCUCCAAAACUAUCGUUCUGUUACAUCGGUGAAUGAGUUUAACAAAGACGGUAAGGUGUAUACUAUUGUGUUGGAGUCUUAUAUCGUUGAUAUACCAGAAGGGAAUACUCAAGAGGACACAAAGAUGUUUGUUGACACUGUCGUAAAGCUUAACCUUCAGAAACUUGGGGUCGUGGCUAUGGCUACAUUAAUGCAUGGACAACAAUAAUAAUGAAUGAAUGUUUUUGAAGCUGGGGUUAAUUGUAGUUGAUAUCUGUUAUUCAGACUUUGAGUUUGAGUUCAUUGCUGGUGGUUAACGCAUGCUUCUUUCAAUUUUCAUUGUUUCCUUCCUUCUAAUUAAUAUAUUCUU